UCGUCUACGCUUUUGAUUUUUUUAAUUAUUUUUUUUAAGAUCCCUUGCAAAAAAGGGUAUUGAAAUGGAACUUCUGAUGUAGCCUUGUAGGCUAUGUAGCUGAACUAACUAUAUUUACUUUGGCUUUGUAUAUGUUGUUAUUAGGUGAGGAAGGUGAGACUUCAACCCAUAAAUCACAAACCUCUCCUCCUCGAUCUCCAAGCUAGCACCAUUCAAGGCAUCCCACAACAGCAACCUCAAGAAACAAAGUCAAAUAAGGAAGCUGAAUUCUACCUAUACAACUAUACACAUACAAUACAAAAAGCUUCUAAUAUACUGUGGUAGAUGAACGUCACUGCAGUCUGGAGAAGAGGUUCAAAUUUGUUGAGCAAUGGCAGAAACCCAAAGAAUUCAUCCAGUCGUGGAUGUGGAAGCCCCACCAACAACUCCUCUGGUGCCUCACGGCGCAUCGGUGUCUGAGAAGGGUAGUCCGGUUAGGCGACCGCCUCCGGUCCGGCGCCCCAUACCGGCCAGCCAUGCCAAGCCACCAAAGAGUAGUUCAAGUUGUUGUUGCAAAUGCGUAUGCUGGACAAUUAGCCUCCUCCUUCUCCUAACAAUUAUAGUUGGAGCCGCUGCCGGCGUUCUUUACCUUGUCUUCCAACCAAAGCCUCCUACAUACUCGGUUGAUAGCUUGAAGAUAAGCAGCUUAGGUCUCAAUCCUGACAUGUCACUGUAUGCUGAGUUCGACGUGAAGAUCACGGCCGACAACCCUAACAAGAAGAUCGGAAUUUACUACGAGAAAGGCGGCCGGUUGAGCGUGUGGUAUGCAGACGCUAAGCUUUGCGACGGGUCACUGCCGGAGUUCUACCAAGGUCACCAGAAUAAGACACAACUGCACCUUGCCUUGACCGGCCAAACGCAGUACGGCAGCGCUUUGAUGACGGCGCUGCAGGAGCAACAGCAAACCGGACGCAUCCCAUUGGAUCUUAAGGUUGAUGCGCCGGUGGCAAUCAAACUUGGGAGGCUGAAGCUGAAGAAGGUCAGGAUCUUGGGACAGUGCUUGUUGGUCGUGGAUAACUUAUCUGCUAAUAAUGCCAUCAGCAUUAAAGCUAGUAAUUGUAGGUUCAGAUUGAAGCUUUGAAUUCAUCUUUCUCUUUAGAUAUUGAUUUUUUUUUUAUUAUUAUUUUUUUUUUUCAGUUUCUUCUUCUAUCUGUAUCCCAUGUUUUUUUUAAGCGAAACUUUGAUUCUUUUUCUGCGUUCAUAUCACCCUGUAGUUUUAGGCAUAAGGCUUUUCUCUAGUUGAUGUUCAAUUGAGAGGAGCCGGUCUUAUAUUAUAUACACAGA